UUCUUUCAAUUAACCCUUUUUGACUCAUUGUUAAUGCUUCCACAGGGAGAAAGCUGAGGAAACGGAGGCGAAAAAUUUCAGCUAGACUUUAACAUUUAUAUCAAAAUGGAGAAAGAAAGCCAUGAGGAGAACAACCACACCAUCCCUGGUGAAUUCGUUGCCAAACGGAAACCUGGUCGACCCAGAAAGCACCUCAAGCUAGACCCCACCGAGCAGCCUCCUCGCCACAUCGAAGACGACAAUGAAGCUAUGGUUGGACAACACGUUACUGGCGUCAUCGAGGCAACCUUUGAAGCCGGCUUCUUGCUUUCGGUUAAGCUUGGUAACUCUGAUACCACGCUUAGAGGUGUGGUGUUCAGGCCUGGUCGCUGCGAGCCUGUAUCGGUUGAUAACGAUAUUGCUCCUCAUGUUCCCAUGAUAACAAGAAACAGCGACGUGGCGAUGCAUCAACAACAUGGAUUACCAGCUAAACGAGGUCGUAAAUCUAGGUUCCGUGAGAAGCGUGGAGCAUUGGCUCCUGUCCCCAUUCUCCCCGCCAAUCCACCAAUGCCAAACCAUUCUUUGGUUCCUGAGAAUGUCCCGGUCCACCAGGGACAUAUGCAGACCGAGUCUCAAGUGAGUGGAGGAGGUAGUAACGGCAAGCCGUUUGAGACGCUGCUUACACAAGUGAUGAAGGAAGGUCAAGUUCAUAACACUACGCCACAGUUCACUGAAGCUGAGUCAGAGGAGCAGGCUCUGUCUAUUGAGCCGUUGCAGGCGAUACACCCGGUCCAUCCAGUACAUGUCCCAAAACCAAUGCCGAGUUAUGGACGUGGCAAGAUGACAGAACUUCUUCAGGCGGUGCAGGAGAAUGUGAGGGAGACCCAUUUUUCUCAAGGACAGUGACUAUUCUCUGGAGAUUCUUGCUUCAAAUCGUUGAGAGUUUUAAAAGUCUGAUUCAGUCUCAUUGUAAUCAGAGAUAGGAAAACAGAAUUUAACUACUGUCUAGCUUAAAGAUGUCAGAAAAGUUUAUGAUGAUGAUUCGUUAUAUAGAUGCUCACAACUACUUUUUCUUUCGAUAACAG